AUGUCUUUAUUACCGAAAUCAGUCACUGAAUUCACUGACCCAAAAUUCUGGAGACAAUUCUUCUCAUCAACAAAGUCACCGUUUGAGUGGUAUGGAGACUAUGAAGUUCUAGGUGUGGUUCUGGAAAAAUAUCUGAGACCGAGUGACUCUAUUCUUCAGAUUGGUUGCGGGAAUUCCCAAUUAGCAGCCCAAAUGUACGACAAUGGGUUUCGUUCGAUACAUAGCAUAGACACGGAUUCUGUUGUUAUUGAAGAACAGCGUGCACGUAACAAACAACGUCCUGAGCUAGUUUUUCUAAAAGAUGAUGCUACUGCUAUGAGCUUCGGAGAUGAUUCGUUCUCUGCAGUAGUGGACAAGGGAACACUUGAUGCCUUACUGCCUCCCAACGCAACUCCACAGCAACUCGAUUCUGUUAGAAAAGUGUUCCUUGAGGUUGAACGUGUCCUUAAAGUCGGAGGACGGUAUCAGAUAAUUACCCUUGCCCAACAACACAUUGUGGAAUAUUGGACUGACCACUUCCGUAAAACGCACCGGUUUUUGUUACGAAUUCACGAAGUGGGAAACCGCGCUUCUGGAUUUCCCAUGCCUGUCUUCAUAUUGAUAGCCACUAAGCUUCGAUGUGAAAUGAAUAUUCCUUUGCAAAUUGAAUUGUGUCGAGGUACAAGUAAUCGAGUUGAACGUUUCCUCGAUCAAAAUGAGCUGCAAUCCGCCAUUGCUGCCGAGCAGGAACUGAGUCAAUUUGUGCAUCUUUGUUCUGGGAAAUUGGAUCGUGAGGUUUCAAUCACUGUAGAAAGCUCGACUGGAGAAGGGCCUCGCUAUCGCUUCUUCAUUGUCGACAAUGUUAAGGGAAAGAAUAUUGGAAGCUAUGCAGCAUUCAUAGUUCCUCUAGGGCGAGAGCAGGAGUGGAUAUUUUCGACAGUGAAAGGGAGGAAAACUCUACAUCAGCAGGCAGAAAAAGACCGUUUGGCAAUCGUGACUCUAUUUCGAACUCAGUCCUAUUCAUCGCUCAAGGAAGUACAAGAUGAAAUAGGACCAUUCGUCACAAGGUUCGAUCCACGAGGGAAAGGCGGUUUGAUUGACUUUCUUUCUUGUGGAAGCGUCGAUGUGCGGGUUACGCAUGCCUCUGGGGAGUCAUCGAUAAAUGGAAAAUGGACUGUUGAAGAUGUUGUGGUUGAGGAGCGCGAGUACAGACGACUCGUAUUUCUGUCUAGUAGCAAUAUUGUUCAGUCUGAAGCCCCUCUGAAGACUGUGAAGAAAAAGAAAACUGUGGACCUCGAAAAGCUGAGCUGUAACCAUCAUUCCCUCAUGCUAUGUGGAUUGACUCUAAUUCCACGAAACCCGUUCGGGGAUCCAUCAAAAACGGACUUGAAGUUAGCUGUGCUAGGUCUUGGUGGAGGGAUCCUUGCAUCGUUUCUUCUUCGUCAUUUCAAUAAGUUUGUGCAUUGCAUUGACGGGAUUGAACUGGAUCCAGCUGUAGUGCACAUUGCUACCCAAUGGUUUGCGCUACCAUCUCAGAACUCCCGCAUGAAUAUAAGGGUGAUGGAUGCGCUCGAAUAUUUGAACGAAGCAGCACAUAAGGAAGAAAAACUGGAUAUGAUCUUUGUCGACUUAGCAGGCCCUGUACAUGAUUCUGGUCUUAGUUGUCCUCCUGCUGUGUUUUUGUCAGAAUCUGCUUUAUGCAACAUGAAGGAAGCUUUGCGUGCCGAUGGAGUACUCGCUUUAAAUCUGGUAACAAGAGAUGAAGAAAUAGCAAAGCAAGCGAAACGAUCCAUUUCCGACCACUUUCCUGCAUUGUUCCAUAUACGAUCAGAAGAGGAUGUAAAUGAGGUUAUUUUGGCGUGUUCCUCAGUGCCUCCUUCUUUCGACCCUCUGAUGUUUUCUCGGUCAAUGCGGAAAGAUCUCCACUGGUUGAAUGACCUUGCCCCUUUGAAGUGCGAAAGUUUGACUUUCCUUGAAUCUUGGCAUCCCUAUCCAAACAAAAUACGUAAUGCUUCUGACGAAGGCGACGACGCCGGAACGUUAUCCGUAAUAAAAGACAUUCCAAUGGUGGACUAUAUUAAGCAAGUUUCCAUCACAGGAGAUGUCUCCUGCAUCGGGAAUAGCGAUGAUAUCAUGCGGAAAUGGGCCGCCGAAGUGGCACGGGAGAUCAGUGAACAGAAACCCGAGUUUGCAGCUGUUCACGUUCAAGGAUUGCUUUCUGCUCCGGAUCCAGAACACCUCUCUAAAGUGAUUCUGGGCGGUAUAAUCGAUUCACCGGGAAUCUACAAACAUUUCAACUCGUCAACGGCAUUUUUCGAUACGAAAGUGACAGGACUUGGGAAUCUAUACCUGUUCCGUGACGAUUCCGCAGUACAACAAUUUGAUCGUUAUCUACACACUGGGUAUCGACAGAUAAGUUCAGGCCAUAAUCAAAUUGUGGGAAGAUCCGAAGUUGACGGAUUCAUCCAGAAUACAUUCGGACAACAGCAUACGUUCCGAAGAGAAUUUUACCGCGACGAUGGUACUCGCGAUCUCUCGCAACAAAGGACUGGUUUCUUGCUCGCCCGAUUCAGGAUUCAUGGAAAGGAGAUGACAUUUGUGAAUGUGAACCUACAUUCUGUACCGUUCGAGGACGUGAACGAAAUUGUUGAACAUCCGGAAGUCACGAAAGCAGCGCAGAAACGGGUGGAACAAGUUGGAAUUCUCCUCAAAGAGCUUGAAGAGGAAGGUCUACGAAGCGAUGCGAUUAUUGUGGCCGGAGCUUUUAACGCACAAUUACAUGAAACGGAUCUUUUAACGUAUCUUGCAAGAACACAAAUGGUGCAAACGGUUGCAAAAAAAGAUCAUUCGGGAAGAGUUGAGGCGAUCGAACAUUUCGAUAGACAUGGCAGGAACAUCACAACGGUUGAGCGAUGUCGAUUUGAUCUACAUUCCAUCCAUGACUGGUUUUUCCGUCUCGGUAGAGGCCAGAUGGUGAAAAAGUACAACGGUGAACUCGCACCAGUCACAUUUAAAGGUCAGCUAAAGGAGGAAAGCGUGUUCUUCCAGCCUUCUCGUCACUACGCUAUCAAUGCACAUACUGGGAAGGAGGAAUUCAUGCGAACGCUAUGUCCAGCCUGGGCGGAUCGUAUCCUCUAUAAUGAAAAAAUGGACAGCCUAUUCCGACACGACUCAUUCUGUGCAUCUGGACUCUACUAUGGUCUGGUCGGAGAAGAUGUUUACAUUGGACAACAUAAACCUGUUGCUCUUCACGCCUCCAUAUGUCUCAAAUGA